AUGUUCAACCAUCAAAUAAGAUAUUUAGAUGCUGCUAUCCCACUUGUUGAAUAAGCCAAGGCUGCCUUGAAUGGGUUGAGUGAAAAAGAUUUCUAAGUUGCUAAGAACUUUGCUACUCCACCUUCUGGUGUACCAGAUGUCUUCUCAGCUACCAUUUUCUUAUUGGCUGGAUUCUAUAAUGAACAAAUCGAAGUUGAUCCAAAAUCAAAGAAACCUAAAGCUUAUGAUUGGAAGAGUGCAUAAAAGAUGAUGCAAAAAGCCAAAAGAAUUGUUGAAUAAACUCAUGGGUUUCAAAGAUAUUUACCCACAACAAAUGUAGAUUUUGUUAAGAAAAACUAUUUGAAUUUAGAACAUUUCAAUGCAUAAACUAUGGCUAAUAAAUCAUCAGCUGCUAGAGGUCUAUGCGAUUGGGUUAUCAACAUUGUCAAAUAUUAUGAUGUCAUCCAAAUUGUAGAACCUAAGAGAUAAGCACUUAAAGAAGCUAUUCAAUAAUUGGAUGAUGCUAAUGCAAAAUUGGCUAAAGUCUAAGAACAAGUGAAGGAAUUAAAUGAUAGAUUAGCUGUUUUGACUGCUGAUUAUAAUAAAGCUAUGGCACAAUUAUAAGCUGCCUUAGAUUAAGCUGCCAAAUGUGAAAAGAGACUUAAUUCUGCCAAUCGUUUAGUUAAAGCCUUAGGAAGUGAAAAUGAACGUUGGGAUUAAGCAAUUAAAAUGUUAGAAGGCUAAAUUUAAUUAUUAAGUGGAGAUGUUUUAGUUUCAGCUGCCUUUGUCUCAUAUGCUGGUCCAUUCAACAAGAGAUUCAGAGAUGUUAUGAUUAAGGACUACUUCCUGAAAUUCAUCAUUGAUAACAAAGUUCCACUUAGUAAUAAUGCUGAUCCAGUGAAAUUAUUGACAGAUGAAAGUACUAUUGCAAAAUGGAAUCAAUAAUUAUUGCCAAGUGAUGCUGUCAGUACUGAAAAUGGUACCAUUUUAACUAACUCUGAAAGAUAUCCAUUGAUCAUAGAUCCUUAAUUAUAAGGAAUUAAAUGGAUUAAAGAAAAGGAAUCUUCAAACAAUAUGAAGAUCUUACGUAUUGGAUAAAAAAAUACAAAUAGAUAAAUUGAAUUCUCUAUCUAAGCUGGUAAUCCAUGUUUAAUUGAAAAUAUGGAUGAAAGAAUAGAUGCAGUUUUAAUGCCUGUUAUUGCAAGACAAUUUAUCAUCAAGAGUUCAGGAUAAAAGAAGAUUAAAUUCGCUGGUUAAGAAUUGGAUGUUCAUCCUAAAUUCUAAUUGUUCUUACACACACAAUUGAGUAAUCCACACUAUCCCCCUGAAAUCUAAGCAGAAGCUACUCUUAUCAAUUUCACUGGUCACUGA